CGAAAUAAGAAAACGAUUAGCGUUAAGGGGCUGUAGUGCAAUUUCAAAUUAGUGGAGGAGGUCUUUCAUCUUUGGAAAAUACACCACCUAUCAUUAUCGUUUAUUUAUACUUGCUGACACAGACAGUAGCCAGAUUUUCACUUGCGCGUUUGCUGCUCAGUUGUGCCUUUGCCAUUGUUGACGACUGAGAGAGGAGGAGGAGCAGCAGACACUCUUCACACUUCAUCCAUUGUUGCAAGUCAAAGUAAUCUGCUAUACUCUCUUCUGGAUCAAAUAUCAAUUGCAACGAUAUUGUAGAUGACUAGUUGCAAUGGAGUAGAUGAACAGUUCCCUCCUAAAAUGGUGUAGGAAGUUUUCUCGUACGGCUUGAGAUUUUUUUUUAUAUAUGAAGUUUGGUCUAUGUAUGGAAUUCUAGUAAAUUCAUUAACAAAUGGGCCUAUAAAUCAAUUAUAAUAUUUACUGAAGGACUGGAAAUUCUCUUUAAACACAGCAGUAAAGAUGCAGAAUCAGGAUGGGCAUGUGUUGGAGUCAGAAAAGGAAACCAUAACAUCCGUACAAACAUCCGAAACUGAUGACUGGGCUAGUUUCAGGGAUGAUGACAUUAUGCAGCAGCAAUCUGCCAUCCUGGCUGACGAAGCUGGGAAAAUACCAUUCAUUGGUGAUAAGGAACCUCUCUCAUCCUUAUCAGCAGAAUACAGUUCAGGAAAUUCAAUAUUGUUGGAGAAAAUCAAGGUUCUUACGGAACAGUAUGCUGCCAUCAGGCGAGCACGUGGAGACGGAAAUUGCUUCUUUCGUAGCUUCAUGUUUGCUUAUCUUGAGCAUAUUUUAGAAUCACAAGACCGUGCGGAAGUUGAUCGAGUGACAGCAAAUGUAGAGGAAUGCAGAAAGACACUUCUCAGCUUGGGCUAUGCUGAAUUUACUUUUGAAGAUUUUUUUGCGCUAUUUCUCGAGCAGCUUGAAAGUGUGCUAUCUGGAACCGAAGCUUCCAAAAGCCAUGAAGAACUUGUGCAGAGGAGUAGAGAUCAGUCAGUAUCUGAUUAUGUUGUAAUGUUCUUCCGGUUUAUUACUUCUGGUGAAAUCAGAAAGCGGUCAGAGUUCUAUGAACCAUUCAUACAAGGAUUAACAAACGCGUCAGUGGAGCAGGUUGGGUUCCUAAAGCUUUUCUUGUUCUGCAAGUCAUCAGUGGAACCCAUGGGUGAAGAGAGUGAUCAUGUUCACAUAACAGCUCUUUCGGAUGCUCUGGGAGUAGCAAUACGUGUGGUUUAUCUCGACAGAAGUUGCCAUGAUAAUGGCACUGUCAGUGUUAACCAUCACGAUUUCGUUCCUACUAACAACACUGUUGAUGCUCACCCAUGCAAACCCUUUGUUAGCUUGCUUUAUCGACCAGGUCAUUAUGAUAUUCUCUACCCAAAAUAACAUGUUUUCCCAGCACAAGAGAAUUUCUUGUUUGUUUUCUUAACUAGGCCACAAACACGAUUUGAUCAACUGAUUGGUUUCCUUUCUUCUUUUAAGACACUCUUGAACGUUCAUUUACAAUGCAUCAGAAUUCUUAAUGUUCCUAAAUACAACCGAAUUUUUAAAACUCACCUUUUAUCUUUAACAUUGUCCAUUAUGCUUUUUAAUAUCCGAGUGAGGGGAUUAUCAUCACUCUCCCAAUAGCAUCACGACAGUAA